GAGCACAGAGCCCAAAGUUGGCUCCAUGUGGGGCUGGAUCUCACCAUCAUGAGAUAGUGAUCUGAACCAAAAUCAAGAGUCAGAUGCUCAACUGAGGGGCCCCCAAAAUUAUCCUAGGCUUAAUGAUGUAACCACUGAUACCAAAAUGUUAGCUAUUAAACUAGGCCACAUAUUAAAACUUUAGCCUACUGAGUAGCAGUAUUUUAAAAUGUGUACCCAAAGUACACGGAAAAGUAUCACUCUUCCUAAGUUAUUUCUUAGAGAAUUCUGGUCUCUGUUUUUUAUUUUAUUAUUAUUUUUUAAGAUUAUAUUUAUUUUCUUGACAGAGGCAGACACAGCGAGAGAGGGAACACAAGCAGGGGGAGUGGGAGAGGGAGAAUCAGGCCUCCCGCUGAACAGGGAGCCCGAUGUAGGGCUGAUCGCAGCACCCUGGGAUCAUGAGCUGAGCUGAAGGCAGACGCUUGACCGAUUGAGCCACCCAGGCGCUCCUGGUCUCUAUGUAUUUUUAUCAAUUCUGAAUUUUUCUGGGAAAUCUUUCACAUUCUUUCUUAGAUCCAAGGUCUAUAUAUAUAAUGUGAUUUAUAACUAUGCCCUAUGGAAAAGAGCACCCCAUUUUUGUCUUUUUGUGUUACAGAUUUCUCUUGUACAAUUUCUCAUUGAAAAUUGCCUUAAAAUAUUUGGAGAAGACAUCACUUCCCUCUUGGGAGAGAACUCAAUGAGUCGUGGUAACAGCGAGCAGGCUGCAGACUCCAGCCUGAAGACUGUGAAAACCCGUUCUUUCAGAGACAGGGCGUUUUGUCGGGGUUCCAGCACUUCCCAGCACAACCAGUGCACAGCCCCACCUUCCGCAAAGCCAGGACAGCUCUUUGGAGUUUCCCUCAUGGAUGUGUGUGAUAAAGACAACUUGUCCUUCCCAAUUCUGGAUUUUCUUAGAAAUACCCACGGAAGUAUAUUUUUAUCUGAUCUCUAUGACAAAUGGCGCGGUGUUAUUGAUCAAGGCAACGAAGAGGAGAAUAUAACUGCAGCCCAGAGGCUUUUACCCCAGCUGCCAAGAGCAAAUGUUGUUCUCUUGCGAUACCUUUUUGGAGUGCUAUACAACAUUGAGCAACAUUCCUCAUCCAAUCAGAUGACAGCUUAUAAUUUAUCUGUUUGUAUAGCCCCAAGCGUUCUUUACCCACCUGAUUCCGGCACCUUGGAAUUGGAAGACAACUUGAUAAAAAAGAUUUCUCUUGUACAAUUUCUCCUUGAAAAUUGCCUCAGGAUAUUUGGAGAAGACAUCACUUCCUUCUUGGGAGAGAACUCAAUGAGUCGUGGUAAGAGCGAGAAGACUGCAGACUCCGGCCAAAAAACUGUGAAAAGCCGUUCUUUCAGAGACAGGGCCUUUUGGUGGGGCUCCAGCACUUGCCAGCAAAACCAGUGCACAGCCCCGCAUUCUGCAAAGCCAGCACAGCUCUUUGGAGUUUGCCUCAUGGUUGUGUGUUAUAAAGACAACCUGGCCUUCCCAAUUCUGGGUAUGCUUUCCUUUAUUCAUCAAAAAGGGCCACUCACAAAAGGCAUCUUCAGAAAAUCAGCCAAUAUAAAAUCCUGCCAUGUGCUAAAGGAGAAACUAAAUUCUGGCGUCAAAGUGAACCCGUACAGCGAAUCUGUUCAUGUGGUCGCAUCCGUCUUAAAGGUAGGGAAGGUUCUAGCAUUAUCCACACACGAGUAACUGAAGCUAUGAUUGGUGUCCUUCAUCAUGACUGCUCAAGAACCAUAACGGGCAUAAUAGAUUAAGAACCUGACCAGCUGAAAAACGCUUGACAAAAUCAAAAUGUAAGGAAGCUACUUUAGGAGUUAAAAGCCCCAUGUGUUAGAAAUACUUUCUGUUUUCACUACACACCGCCCUCCCCACCUUCACUCCUGAAGACUCCAUGCAAAAUACUAAUACUGAAAUGACUACUAGUCAUGAUAAUAAAUUUCGAAAUACGCACCGAUACAUACACACAGUUUACCCAUGAAAACAUCCUCACCCCCCUCCUAAUGAAGGCAAACUUUCCCAAAGAAAUAGAACAGGGAAAGAAUUUAAUCCAUCCACCUUGGCACUUAUGAACAGCUCUGAACAACCCUAUGUUAACGUAGUAAUGACUACAGUCGUAGAAUCUCAGUCACAUUUGGUCUUCCCUUGUCCCCCGUUAAUGUUUGAAGAUGGGAUCAAUAGCAAGGUCCAGAAAUGU